AUGAGAGAAGACGCGAGAUGGGGAGGAGGCCUAGAUCGCCCCGCACAAGCUCCAGUCCGGUUUUUGCCUCCGACUGCUUGCUCCGUCCCCACCCGCUGUCCCUCGCCCCGCCCCGCCCCGCCCCCCACCUUGGGGCAGGUGAGCCGCGGCCAAUGGGCGGGCUCGGGGCAGGUGCCCGCUAACUCUCGCCUCGCAUCGCGGUGGCCAAGCCAGGGCUGGACAGUGCUGGGAGGACCGGGGGCGGGGGUCGGUCCUGGCUGGACUCGGGAGGGAGGGGGCCGGGCUCAGCCCCCAGGCCGUAGAGGCAGCUCGCAGCAUCGCACGGAGCCCGCGCCAGUGCAGGCGCCGGGAGCUGCCCGCUCGGCCGCAGAGGCCGGCGAGCCUAGCUGCGCGCCGUGGCCCGACUCUCCGUUCACUGGCUCGCACACCCCUCGCCACUCCGCGCCUGGCUCGUGGGCAGGGGCUGAGCGCGGGCGGGCGGGCGGGGGAGGUGAGGGGUGCUGGUGUGUGUGCAUGUGCCUGGCUGGGUGCACACCCCGCACGGCGGCGGCGCCAGGACGCGGAGCGCUCCCCAGCGCCCGGCUGCCUCGCUCGGCUCUGGCGGCCGCGACCAUGUUCCAGCCCACAGCCAAGCGCGGCUUUACCAUCGAGUCUUUGGUGGCCAAGGACGGCGGCACCGGCGGGGGCACUGGCGGCGGGGGUGCAGGCUCCCAUCCCCUGGCGGCGGCCGCCUCGGAGGAGCCGCUCCGGCCCACGGCGCUCAAUUACCCUCACCCCGGCGCGGCCGAAGCGGCCUUCGUGAGCGGCUUCCCCGCCGCCGCGGGCGCCGGCCGCUCGCUCUACGGCGGGCCCGAGCUCGUGUUCCCCGAGGCCAUGAACCACCCUGCGCUGACCGUGCACCCGGCGCACCAGCUGGGCGCCUCCCCGCUGCAGCCCCCGCACUCCUUCUUCGGCGCCCAGCACCGGGACCCUCUGCACUUCUAUCCCUGGGUGCUGCGAAACCGCUUCUUCGGCCACCGCUUUCAGGCGAGCGACGUGCCCCAGGACGGGCUGCUUCUGCACGGCCCCUUCGCGCGCAAGCCCAAGCGGAUCCGCACGGCCUUCUCGCCCUCGCAGCUUCUGCGACUGGAGCGUGCCUUCGAGAAGAACCACUACGUGGUGGGCGCCGAGCGGAAGCAGCUGGCCGGCAGCCUCAGCCUCUCCGAGACGCAGGUGAAGGUGUGGUUCCAGAACCGGAGGACAAAGUACAAGCGGCAGAAGCUGGAGGAAGAGGGGCCCGAGUCGGAGCAGAAGAAGAAGGGCUCCCACCACAUCAACCGGUGGCGCAUCGCCACGAAGCAGGCCAACGGGGAGGACAUCGACGUCACCUCCAAUGACUAG